UCCGCGCUAGCAGGAACUGAAUUCCACUUCGGGUCACCCAGGACCUGACUGGAGAAAUUUCACAAAGCAAGGUUCCUUGUGAGCCCUGGUAAAGGAAACCAUCACCCCCAAGUUAGAAAAAGAAGAAAAAAAAAAAAAAAAAAACCCCACUGCCAACUCAAAAGCGGACUUCGUUUUUAAAGUGAGGCUGCGGCCCCCUGACCCCGGGCAAGCCCCGCCCCUUCCUGGUUGUCCUAGCGACGGCGGUGGCGUCCCAAGAUGGCGUCGUGGCUGCCGGAGACUCUGUUUGAAAUUGUAGGACAAGGCCCAGCACCGAGCAAAGACUAUUACCAGUUGUUGAUCACCCGGACUCAGAUCAUCUUUAGAUGGUGGAAGAUUUCUCUGAGAAGUGAGUUUCGGUCAGCAAAACCUGGAGAAACAAAGGAAAGUCAUGAAGACUUCCUAGAUAACUCUCAUCUCCAAGUUCAAGUCGCCGUAGUAUUUGGUGCAAAAAUAUUAGACUAUGUCUUCAACCUGUGCGAAGGUAAAUUUGACUACCUGGAGCGGCUCUCUGACAAACUGCUGCUGAAGAUCAUCUGCUACCUGGACCUGGAAGAUAUUGCCAGCCUCUCCCAGACAUCAAGCAAGUUUGAGAAGUUGUGCAAGAGUGACUUGCUGUGGGAGCAGAUAGUCCAGUCUACCUGUGACACCAUCACCCCUGACAUGCGGGCCCUGGCGAAAAACAUGGGCUGGAGGCAGAUGUUCCUCACCAACAACAUCCAGCUCCAGAGGCAGAUCCGCAAGAAGGAGCAAAGACAGAAAAAGCAGGCGGAGGAGCUUGCUUAGGGGACGGCCGUUUCCAGCAGCGGAGCCACGGUGGUCCGAAUCUCCAGGCCCAAAGCUCACUCUCUCAACAACAACAGGUUCUGCUGAUUCCAGGCAUCGCACACACAUGCAAAUCCACCUAGUGCCUUGCUCCAGCAACCCCCUCCUAUUGCCCAACCCGUGGCCCAAGUACUAAGGGCUUUGAGCCAGGAAGUCUCUUAGACUACUAUCUCCCUGAUUCCCUCCCCCGCCCCCAGGAAAGAGGCACUUAUUGUAUAUGAACUAACAAUAAAGAGCUAUCAGC